UUCUAAUCAACUUUUGAUCGCCAAACAUUUUACUACUGUUGCAGUCUCUUCAUAAAGCUUCACUUGGGAUCAUCAUGUUUCCAUUAAGGUUUGAAAAGGAACAUUCUGUACAGUUCCCUUUUAUGUGACAGAACCAGAGCUGGGGCUGGUGUAGCUUACAGCACGCUCCUAAUUACAAAAGUUAUAAAUAAAGGAAGUAACAGGACGGGGUCCACAUUCCUCCUUAUAACGCGGUGGCAAAGUGUUUGAAGGUAUUUUAAAUUUGCACCAGUAACAGGAAAAGAUGGAUCUUGAAAAAAGUCCCACCAAGAGCUUUAUAAAGGCCAGGAAUUGCUUUCUAGAUUACAGUAACGCAAAAGUGAAGAUUUUCAAAGCAUCUGAUUGAAUGAAAUGAAAAGUUGUCACAGAGUCUGUAUUUUUUACCAGUCUUCAAUAAUGUAAAGAUUACUUUUGAUAUUUAAGUUCAAACUACUUGAAUAAUAUUUUGCCGAAGAGCAAGAUAGGCAUUAACAUCACGUGUACACUGUCCAAAAUGAAGCAUUACUAUGACAACCGAGGGUGGCCGGAAACCUUGACAAAAUGUCCCCGGAUGGCUCCCAAUCCCGACAGGUUUGGGAGCCCGCCUCUGGCCCCCAGGGCUCCCCUGUCACUGCAGGCCACACCCACGGCACAGAGUGAGUCUCUCACGACAGUUGGCCUGUCCCCGCAGCACCUGUGUUCCUGUCCUGCAUGUGUGAAAUACGAGGGACCCGCCUCUGGGGGCACCGAGGCAGGGGGGGGUCCUAGCAGUCGCUUCCAGUGGUGUCAUUACCGUUGGGUGUCCGUCUCUGCACACGUCUGCACCAGUGACUGUUUACUUUCCGUAGAGAAGCCAAACACCACCGGUCGUUGCAGAGCUCUUUGAAUUGAAGACAAUCUGCUGUGUGCGCAGACGCACACGCACGCGCGCGCACACAGGCACCCGUAUGCAGUGGUGGGUUCUCAGUGAGAGGGUGUCGGCAUUUUGUGUCCCAGCUUCAAAAUCACGUUUGUAAUUAAAACACUUUUAAAAGCAAAUCGUUGCUCUGAAGCCUUGAUUCUGUAGCUUCGGAAACCCGAGGCGUGGUGUCGGGGUCGAAUCCCAGCGCAUUUGCUCGAUGGAACCCGAGCGGGGCCGCCGGCGACGCACGGAAGCCCCCGACGAUGUGUGAUCUUGACGUUGUGCAGAGAGGAGAUUUUGACACACCCGGUCGUUAGGAUGGGGAGUCCUGUGUCUCUGGUCGGGAGGCGGCGGCGGCGGCGGCGGCGGGGUUGGGCUCCUUGUCCAGGGAGCGUGGGGGGACCCAGGACGCAUUUAGAGCAACAGUGUUUAGGGCGGUUUGACAGCUUCCGUGGACUGUCCCAUUUCUCGCCACCUCCAGUAAUUUACCGUAAGGUUUGCAUCUCUAGGUCCUCCCUGAGGUCAGAUUCCACGUGGCCCCAGUAGCCGCUUCCUUCGCACCCGAUUCAAGAGUCAAAGGAGAAAGGGCAGGAUGGCCGUUAGGACCCUUUAACCACUGUGUCCACGGAUGCUAACACCCACCAAAGCUGCCCCCUCAACUUGGCCGCCGUGACACACCGGGAUGUUGGGUGUUUCUCUCUGAUAAAGAGUUUUCCAGUGGAAUUUGCUUUUUAAAGGACGACCUCCCACGACCGAUGUGUUUGGCCCGUGUGGAAAGUGGUGGCCUCGUCGUUGGCCCCCAGUUCGUGACUGUGGCUUUGAGGUGGGACCCAGUCACACGUCCAUCGAUUCGGUGCACGUUUACCGGGAGCCGCUGGAGGGUUAGCUGCGCAGGCGAAGAGAGACAUGCUACGGGCACGCCGGCGCUGGCUAGAUUCAGCCGGCCGCCUGCUGUUGGCGACCGACGGUCGUGUCUGGGUCGCUGUGCCACACAGGUCCGUCCCAGGGGUGGUGCUGCGCUCCCCGGCGGGGUCAAGGGUAAGGGCAUUCCCCAGCACCGGCUGGCCGGCGGCGGGCCCCGGUCGGUCGUGAGAAGGCAUCGGAGAGGCAGGCCCCGGCCCUCACCGCGUUCGGCCACUCCGGGCUGCCCCGAAAGCCAGGACCCUCCGGGAUAUAGCGUGGUGGCUCUGGAAGGGGUGAAACGAAGGUGCCAGGCGGACCCCUGCUCCUUUACAGGCUCGCGGGUCUUCGCAGGGCAGCGGCACAGCCUCCACAAGGAAACGGAAGCCGGCAGUGGUUUUCCUGGCCACGUUUCUUGGUCUCCGUUUCAUACUCUGUCCCCAAGGAUGCUGCUUGGGCUUGUGGCAGGAUCUUCCCGAAACACGGGGAGGAGAGCCCAGUACGGCGCCGAUGGCCUCUGGGCGCCCGGGCCGAUGCCGCCGGCCGCUUGUGCCGAUGAGCGUGGAGCUGUCCAGCUGGAGGCGUUGCCAUCUGCUUGCUGGGUCCUCGUCAGGACCUGAGGCCAGGAAAUCAGAACAGGACGAGAGAAGGGCCGGGCGUCUCCCGCGAGCCAGCCAGCCCUCCGGGUCGCCCCAGCGAGAAGCGUCCUCUCAGGACACCUGCUCCCGGGAAAAAGUGCUCCCCGCGGAGCUGGGGAUUUACAGGUUUGGCAAGUCUCACGGAUCCACCAAGAACAAUGAAAUGAAGACAUCGUUGAAAAUGCUAAUAAGCUUCCAAAAAUCAGAAGCCAGAAUAGCCCUCCUCCUGUCGACCCUUGCCCGCUAGAAGGGGAGGGCGCUGCUCGGUGAAGCCUUGCGUCCUGUGUGGAGCUAUUGGCCCUGCAGGAGAGUUCAGUCAAUGGAGAGUUCCUACUGGUCCUGGCUUCAUCUUCCAAAGGAUCUUCCUAUGCCCAAAGUGGGUGCGAAGAUUGGGGUUCCCCUGAUAAAAGGGCCUGUCACCAGACCUGCAGGACAUCAAGUGGUGUUUCCCUCAAUACACGUCAUCUUUGGGCCUAUCUUGUACGUUCUCAGUGUCGGUUUCUUCGCAAAGUGAAAACGCCGUUUUCGUAUGUCUCCGUACGAGUCUCCUGGACCGUCAGCCCUCAACCGGAUGCACUGCUCCAUUCCGUCUUUGUGAACCAACCACCCUGGGCCAAACGUCUGGUGAAGGGCUGCUUGGUCUCUGCAGAGGGUGACAACGCACAGACAGGGUCCUUCCUCCGCUGUCCCACGAGCGCUGUUCGUCUUAUCCGUGCAGCAGGAAAACGUCAGGCAAGAAAACACGUAGCGAAAUGGAUUUAUUGUUAUAAUUUUAUAAUAUGUAAUAACUGUCAAUAUUCCUCUAUAUAAACAGAAUCAACCAUUCUCAGAUUUUGGGGGAGGGCUGGACAGAUCUGUGGAGGUAAAUGUUAAACCCUAGCCCCGAAUAGAGAUUCUUUGCAAAUGGGUGGUAGUUGACAUUUGUUUUGUACUGAACAAUUUUUCACUGUCUGCUGCUCUGGCCUCUCUGCAGAGGACUGCAAAUCAGCUGUGGAUGUGUCCUUGAGACCAGGCGUCAGACGUUUGGCCUGUGUGUUCUGUAGGACUGGCCCAGUUAACGGAUUGUUUCAGAAGACUGCUUGUUACAGUGAAGAGGGGGCUCAGGGGCACAUGAGAUGGACGAAGGGGUCUGGGUUCUCUGGGCAACAAGGAGCUCUGAUGGACUCUCUUCCCUCCUGGGGAUUGGAGCCUGUUGCUGGAAGCAACGGCACGCCCAGAGCACAGCGUUCGCUUGACUCCGGGCACAGGUCCCCGUGCCCGACCUGCUGCCCUAGGUGCCCAGGUGCGUAGAUGUGGGGCUCCACCAUGGCCAUGGUGUCUGACUGUGGGGACCACAGAGCAUCAGCCCUGCCAGAGCCCGGGCCUGGCGUCCUGGGUGCUUAAUCUCCACAAUUACCAUCCAGUCUGACCCAUCGAGGAGGAAGGGGAGGCGCAGGAAGGUGGGCUUGCCUGAGGUUUCAGAGCAGGUAAGUAGAGGACAUGGAAUUCAAACCUUGACAUACAGUGAAACUCACCCUUGUGUGCAGUUGACAGAUUCACACCAUCUUGUAACCAUCACCACAAUCAACAUAUAGAGUUUAAUGGCAAGGUUCAAGUGGGAAGGGACUGUCUUUUCAACAAAUGGUGUUGGGAAAACUGGAUAUUUACAUGCCAAAGAACAGAAUUGAUCCUGACCUCACACCAUAUACAAAAAUUAACUCAGAAGGGAUCAAAGAUCUAAAUGUGAGACCUAAACAAUAAAACUCUUAGAAGAAAAUAUAGAGCACAGAGUUCACAACUUUGGACUUGGCAGUUAUUUCUUGGAUAUAACACCAAAGGCACAGGCAACAAGAGAAAAAAAAAUAGACAAGUUGGACUUCAUGAAAAUUUAAACACGUUUUGUGCAUCAGACACUAGCAUCAGAGUAAAAAGGCAAUGGGAGAAAAUAUUUGCAAAUCAAACAUCUGAUAGCAGAUUAAUAUCUAGAAUAUAUAGAGAACUCCUAAAACUCAAUAACAACAACAAAAAAAACCUGAUUCAAAAAUAGGCAAAGGACUUGAAUAAACAUUUUUCCAAAGAAGAUAUACCAAUGGCCCAUAAGCAUGUGAAAACAUGCUCAACAACAUUAAUCAUCAGAGAAAUGAAAAUCAAAGCUACAACAAGAUACCACCUCAUACCCAUUAGGAUGGCUAGUAUUAAAACAAACAAACAAACAAACCAAAAAAUCCAGAAAACAAGUUUUGGCAAGGAUGUAGAGAAACAGGAACCCUUGUGCACUGCUGGUAGGAAUAAAAUGAUACAGCCACUGUGGCAAACAGUAUGGCGGUUCCUCAAAAAAUUAAUAAUAGAAUUACCAUAUGAUCCAGCAAUUCCAUUUCUGAGUAUUUGCCCCCCAAAAUUGAAAGUAGGGCCUCGAAGCAAUAUUUGUUCAGUCAUGUUCAUAGCAGCAUUAUUCACAAUAGCUGAAUCGUGGAAACAACCCAAGCAUCCAUGCACUGAUGAAUGGAUAAGCAAAACGUGGGGUAGACAUACACACAGCGGAAGAUUAUUCAGCCUUAAAAAGGAAGGAAAUUCUGACGUGUGCUACAGCACAGAUAAAACUCGAGGAUAUUAUGCUAAGUGAAAAAAGCUAGUCACAAAAAGACAAGUACUGUACAAUUUCAUAUAUAGGAGGUACUGAGGGUAGUCAGAUACAUAGGGACAGAAGGUAGAAUGCUGCUGGGGUCGGGGACAGAGGGGGUGGGGAGUCCGUGUCUAAUGCAGACAGUUUCAGUUUUACAAAAUGAAAAGUCUGAAGAUGGAUGGUGGUGAUGGCUUCACAGCAUUAUGAAUGUAUUUACUACCACUGAACUGUACAUUUAAAGAUGAUUAGGAUGGUACAUUUUCUGUUAUGUGUUAACAAUAAAAACAAAUUGGAAAAAAAAAAAUCAGUGGUCGCCAGGGGUUACGGAAGAGGGAGGGAAGGACAAGGCAGAGCACAGAGGGUUUUCAGGGUAGGGAGGACGCUCUGUAUGAUGCUAUGAUGGACACAUGUCACUAAGC